AUGAAUUGGAUUACUGUAGCUUUGGCACUUGCUGUUGUAGAUUUAUCAUUCUGUGGAAAUAACAUUCAUCCACAUUUCAUGGCUUGGAUGAAACAAAAUUAUAAACCAGAAGAAGUUGCAGCAUUUGUUAGAGAUGAGCUGACAACUGGAAGUUUUGGAGGAGGAGUUCUUACACAAGAGACAACUGAUAGACCUGUCAUUCUUGUUCAUGGAUUGAAUAAUGAAGCCGGUAGCUUCUGGAAAAUCGCUCGUGAUUUCGCUGCUGCUGGACAUCCCACUCAAUACCUAUUUGCUACAACUUGGGGAAGAGGAGUUGAGCAAACAAAUCUGAAUGUAGCAAUGUCUUGUGGACAUGUCAGACAUAUUCGUCGUUUCAUCGAAGCUGUUCUCAAGUACACCGGAGCACCACAAGUAGACAUUAUCGGAUAUUCAAUGGGUUCUCCAAUUGCCAGAAAAGCCAUCAUGGGAGGAAAAUGUGUUGAUGAAAAUGUUGAAUUGGGACAAUCUAUCCAAUCGAGAGUUCACACGUACAUUUCUGUAGCUGGAGCCAAUCAGGGAUCUCAACUUUGCAUGUUCCCGUUCUUGGAGAUUUGUAAUAUGAACACUGGAUUGGCAUGCAAUUCGAAGUUCUUGAAUGAUAUCAACUGGUUCAAAAACUACGAGUCAACAUACAAGAGCUUCAAUCUUGCUUCAACAGGAGACUUCGUCGUCGGAUACAUGGCUUGCGGAAAGAAAGCAUCUGAAUUCGCAGGUGGACAUGAAUACAAAGUUGAAGGAAUGAACCAUGAACAGACUGAAUUCGAUACUGCUGCAAUUCAAUUGAAAAUGUUGAGAGAAUCAACUUCUGGACAGUCGAAGAGUCGGCCAAGUGUGAAAGAAGAUAAGAAAAAGAACGCAUUUGCUGAUGUGAAGAAAUACUUGAACUCGAAAAGAAGAGAUGUUAGACACACUGAACCAAAGAAACCUAAAUCUCCAAAACGAUCUCCACAAAAGAAGUCUGCACCAAAGAAGGUAAUCCAAAAGAGAGCACCAGCCAAGAAGGCUUCACCACCAAAACGUGCUGCUCCAUCGAAGAAAAAUCAGCAGAGAGACACCAAGAAGGAUCAAAAGAAGCCAGCUAAACACUGA